CUUACCCACAGCUAUUUCACCCAUCUUGUGAAAGCAGUAAUUUCCAAUAACCCUCGAGUAACACAACAAGAGAAUGAGAUAGAGAGAGAGAGAAAGAGAGUGAGAGAGAGAGAUUAUUCAGUGGGGCAAAAGAAGAGAUCGUUGAAUAAGUGGAGAGGAGGAUGAAGAGUGACUGUGAAAGCUGUUGUGCAGUGAGGCAUAGUGUCAGGAUAAAUACAUUUGAUAUGUCGGAAAAUAGGUCACAGGUCUGUAAUUAGGGGAUUGAUUGGUGGCGUGGCGUGGCGGAGUCGGGACAUUUUCAGUCAAUAGAGGUUUGUAUGGUUACUUUGGUCUGUUAGUGGUCAAUAGAUGAGUGUGUGUGAGCUUCAUUAGCGCUGGACUACGAGGUCUUUGCUCAGUUCAGAGGCUAGAUCUUGAGGCUGCCAGUGUAUUUGAUCUUUGAGUUUGGCAUAGAACAAAAUUAAGACAAAUUAAGACAGCGGCAAAGUGCAGGGAGGAGUUACCUCUAGGAUUUGUGGCAUGGGUAACUGCACAAAACCUUCAAUGAAAGACAAAAUUCUCAAGAAGGGGUCGGUGGAAGGGAGCAGGUCCAGCAGUGGGCCACACCCCCAGGGCCAGGAGCCCCUGUGUGCUCUGGUGCAAAACUGCACAAUGCUCCACAACAUCGUAGGACCAGCAUGCAUCUUCCUCAGGCAGGGAUUCGCCCAGGCCCAGCUCGACAGAGACUUACGGCCAGAGGAAAUUGAAGAACUAAGGGAGGCCUUCACAGAGUUUGAUAAGAACAAGACCGGCUUCGUCAACUGUAAGGACCUGGGAGAGUGCAUGAGGACCAUGGGGUACAUGCCCACCGAAAUGGAACUCAUUGAGCUCAGCCAGCAGAUCUCUGGAGGUAAGAUCGACUUUGAGGACUUUGUGGAGCUCAUGGGGCCUAAGAUGCUGGCUGAGACGGCAGAUAUGAUAGGGGUGAAGGAGCUCAGAGAUGCCUUUAAAGAGUUUGAUUCCAAUGGUGAUGGAAUGAUCAGCCUGACUGAGCUCAGAGAGGCCAUGAAGAAGCUGAUGGGCGAAACACUGAGCCCGCGAGACAUCGAUGAUAUCCUACGAGACGGCGAUCUGAACGGAGACGGACUUGUGGACUUUGAGGAAUUUGUCCGGAUGAUGUCUCGUUGACUGUAUCAGUCUAUAUCAAGAUUAAUAUAUUCUUUAUAACCAUCGCUGAUGGAACAUGUCUUAAUCACUGGACAGAGAAGUAUCUCUCCUGGUUCUUUGGUGUCAGCAUCAGCAAUAAACCAAGCUUUAACUCCGGAAGAAAUGGAGGGAAUGUGACGAUGUGUCGGACUGUUAUGUCAUCCUUGAUAAGUGUUUGGCAUACUGUAAAUAAAGAA